UUUCUCAAUGAUUAAUUACUUAUUCAAUCUCAAUACACACAUGGAUAUGUAAUCCUUCACGCAACUGCGGCGUCGACCAGACGAGGUCGCCUAUCGAAACUGGGUCAAUUAUUCUUCCCCUUAAUCAGAAAAUCACCAUUUUGUACUGGCGAACACGCAUAACUCGUCUAAACCUGCACCGAUUCAUUGCGAGACCUUGUCCUAGUUGUUCCGCCAUGUCGUCGUCGUCGUCGUCUUCGUUGUACAAGCAGCUCGGCCUUGGAGCCGGCUCGCCUGUGUCCCCCUCUCACCUGCUUCUGCUCGUCCUCGGCGCCGGCUUCCUCGCGCUCACCGUCUUCGUCGUCCACCCCAACGAGUUCCGCAUCCAGUCUUUCUUCUCCGGCGGCGGCUGUGGCCGGCCAGGCACGGACGCUGUCGACGUCGCCUCUGCCGCGGCUGCUGCGUCGCCGGCCAAGAACGUCAGCGGUGGCACCACCGGUGAUGCUGCCGACGUGCGCGUGCUCGUUGGUAUCCAGACGCUGCCGGGCAAGUACGAGCGGCGCAACCUGCUGCGGACCGUCUACUCCCUCCAGGCCCGGGAGCAGCCGUCGCUCGCCGGCAGCGUGGACGUCCGGUUCGUGUUCUGCAACGUGACGUCCCCCGUCGACGCGGUGCUGGUGGCGCUGGAGAUCAUCCGCCACGGCGACAUCAUCGUCCUCGACUGCGCCGAGAACAUGGACGGCGGCAAGACGUACACCUUCUUCUCCACCGUGGCGCGCGCCUUCAACGGCACCGGCGCGCCGCGGUACGACUACGUGAUGAAGGCCGACGACGACACGUACCUCCGGCUGCCGGCGCUGGUGGCGUCGCUGCGCGGCGCGGCGCGGGAGGACGCCUACUACGGCCUCGUGAUGCCGUGCGAUCGCGACAACUUCUACCCGUUCCCGCCGUUCAUGUCCGGGAUGGGGUACGCGCUGUCGUGGGACCUGGUGCAGUGGGUGGCGACGGCGGAGGAGAGCCGCCGCGACCGCGUGGGGCCGGAGGACAUGUGGACGGGGCGGUGGCUCAACCUCGCCGGCAGGGCCAAGAACCGGUACGACAACGCGCCGCGGAUGUACAACUACCGCGGGGGCUCGCCGCCCAGCUGCUUCCGCCACGACUUCAUCCCGGACACCAUCGCCGUCCACAUGCUCAAGGACGCCGCCCGCUGGGCCGAGACGCUCCGCUACUUCAACGUCACCGCCGCGCUCCCGCCUUCUCCCCUCUACCACCUCUGAACCCCUCCUCCCCUCCCGCUCCUCGCCGGCUACCUUGGUUGGUGGGUGACGGGGGAGCUUGGUGCACCAAAAAUGCCUCCUUGUUGCUUGUGUAGUAUGGUGACGGACUAAAUGACGCUGAUGUGGAUGACUUUCCAGGCUUCUGUAGCUGAUGUGUUCCAAAUCUGUCGAGUUUUCAAUAUAUGUGAGAUGGAUAAUUUCGUUCGUUAGUGGCUUACGUGUUCUUUGAUAAACCAAGUGUUUCAAACGAUGG